AGCCAAAAAUCAAAGGCGGCCAUUCUUAGCCAUAGCCGAGAGUUACUUAGCAGAAGUGGUAAAAAGUAAAGUAAUAUUUUGAAGCGCAACACGGUACAGGUUUGCGGCGGGGGCAGUUUUUCGAAUAAUUGUUCUCGAAGUCUCGGCGAGUCACAGGAUGGCAGGCAGUUCUCUGUUGUUCUUCAGGCCACUGCUUCAAAACUUCAGAAAGGUGCAGUCCCUGCGCGUAGCGCUUGCCUUCAGCGGCAUUAGCUGCAGUGAACCUGUUUCGUCGUGUAUAAGUAAUGCAGCGUGUGCACCACUGAAUUGCGUUAGACGUUUUUCAAAUCUUCAACGUGGCAUAGCUACACCGCGAAACAGCACGGUUUUACAGACCCCAGUUCGAUGGAAAUCCAAGAAGGGCAAACGAAAAAUAGAGGAAGAACUGGAAGAAGAGGAGGAGGAUGAUGAGGAUGAGGACAAGGAGGAUGUCGCUCACGGUGAUAACGAAGUAUCACCAAAUGUUUCAUCAAUGAGGAUAGACAGCAUUUUAAAGGGUGGAAUCAACCUGUCAAGAACGAAAGCUGCAGAGGCCCUUUAUAGUGGCAACAUCAGAGUUAAUGGCAGUAAACCAAACAAGAAAAGCAUGCAGGUCGAUGUUGGUGAUGAGAUCGACUACAUUGUUGGAUUCAUGUCAGAAAAUCCGGAUAUGAUGCAAGUGCAUCGCGUGACCGUACUCAAGAUUUUCACCGACAGGUUGACUGACAGUGGAAAAUUCAAGGUGUUACUUCGUCGCCAGCGAAACUUAGUCAUUGAGAAGUAUGAAGACUAUGAAGAAAGAUGAACGAAAAGUAGGGGUGAGAAAUUGAAGGAAGGAGAGCAUUUGCCAUAGGUUUUGCAUUAGUGGUCACUAUUUCUGACAUGUAUUGUUGGUAUAUAAAUGUUACAAGGCA